UCCCGCUCUCCGCGAAGCCCAGUGGCCGGCCUCGCAGACGCCAAGACGGUCGUGUAUUGCGCGGUGCGUCAGUAUAGCUUCUAUACGUAUACGUUGUCCGAGACAUAUUUAGAUACUCGCGCAUACUAAUAUAGGAUUUGUAUAUGUGAAAUGAACUGUGAUGUGACGUUCUCAGUGUGUGAACAAUUUGUUUUGAGAAGAACACCGCAGCAGCAUUCAUGAUUCAGGAAUCUCAGUCGAGUGGCGGCGACCGAUGGAGCGCGCGCUCGGAGCACAGCGCGGCGCUGCAGCAGAUCCUCAAGCUCCAGGAGGCGCGCGCCUACCACAAGACCUCGCUGCUGCCGCUCUACCGCGAGAACGGCCUCACCCCGCCCCCAGAACCCGCACUGGACAUUGAGAAAAUGAAAGCAGACAAAAGAAUGGAACAGCCGGACUCCCGCGCCUUCCAACAAAUGAAGCUUCAAGCCGAGUUCAGGAAACUGAGCGACGAAGCGAGAACCAAGGAACAAGAACGACAUGAUGAGUCGUUGAAAUAUUUCCAACAAAUGAUGGAAGCCAAGAGCCGGUUUGACUACUUGAUGAGUCUACAGGAGAAAGAGACGAAGAAGAACUCUGAGGACAGAGCAGAGUACGAAGCGAAAGUGAAAAAAGAGCGACUCUCCCCCCACGAUGCGAGAACGUCUCCAGUCCCUAGCAGAUCACCUCAGUACCGAUCGUCAGCUGAAGCGUCUCCGAACCGAAGUGUCCGACUAUCUACCUCAUCCAGUCCUGUGUCUAACACUAGUCCUAGCAACGUAUCUCCACUGAACCAUCUAAGAAAUAUGCAACCAUUUGAGGCCAAUAAGUAUAAUCGCAACGAGCAUCACGAUGAGACACCAGAUCGUAGAAAACACGCAUAUGAUGCACGAGACAGAAAUGCAGUUGACUUUAUGAACAUGAGCAUGAGAAACCCACUCUUCAACUUCUCCCUCCCAGGCAACAUGCCCAUGCCCCCGAUGUCCCUACCGUCGACAUUUAACCACCCUGCUGCUAUGGUGGCAGCACUCAGUCAGAAUCCAAUGGGGCUUGCAUCUUUACAAGCUCUUUUACCUCAUAUAGCUGGUAAACACUCAGAAAAUGCUGAAAAUAAGCCUGCGAGAACUGCCGACAAAGAGAGGCAAGAAAAAAGGGCAGAAGAGGAAAACAUUUUAAAUCUUAGUAAAGAUGUUUUGCCUGACCCACCACAAAUGUCAAGAAAUGCUAUGCUACAGAAGAGUAUGAGCCCACCUAAAAGGCAAUGGGGGGCGUCACAGAUACCUUUGAACCUUGGUACUCACUUUAUCAAUCCAGCAACCGGAAAGAAGAGAGUUCAAUGCAACGUUUGUCUAAAAACAUUCUGUGACAAAGGUGCAUUAAAGAUCCACUUCUCAGCGGUUCAUUUGAGAGAAAUGCACAAAUGCACAGUAGAUGGAUGUAGCAUGAUGUUUAGCUCAAGAAGAUCUCGUAACAGACAUAGUGCUAACCCUAACCCUAAACUUCAUUCUCCACAUUUAAGAAGAAAAAUCUCACCACAUGAUGGUCGAAGCUCACAACUCCACCCUGUGUUGAUCCCUCCCCACGCAGCAGGAUUGGGGAUGCCUCCCGUGAUGAAUCCACUGCAUCCAUUCGGCUCGUUUCCGUUGCUGAACCCCGGGCACAACAUGCGACAGUUUAACAACAUGCCUCCAGAAUAUAAAAAUAAUAUGGAUGUGAAUUACUCAUCUCACAUGGAACACAACGAAUACAAUCGUGACGGUGGAGAAAGUGAUUCUAUGGAUAACAAGGAUCAAAAUGGCCAAGGUGAUUCUGAUGAAGAUGAUGGCAUAGUAGUGGUUGCAGGGGACGAUGAUGAUGAAGAUGGUGACACAAAUGAUUAUUACACACAUAACUUCCAUAAAAAUAACAGUGGGUCAGUUGCAGACUCCGAAGCAGAAUAUGAUCAAAGUUUGGGAGAUGCAGAACAAACAGAAAGCAUUAAAGAAUGCCCAGUUAGUCCUAAUUCUAAUAAAAGAAAACGAAAGAACUUAAAUCCUACUCGACUUCAAAACAAUUCCCAUAUCGAUGAUUCGGAAAAUCAACAGAGCAAUGAUGAUGAUGAAGUACUGGAUCUCAAAAAAGUUAAACGUGAAACUCACGACACGGAGUACAAAGACAACUACAACAAACCCACAGAAGUCAAAGAUGAUCUGCAUCCUAUUAAAGAGGAGCCAUCUGAUAAUAACAUGGCACAGGAUCUAAGAGUAAAAGAAGAACCUAGAGAAAGUCUUGAGAAUACUGAAAAUAAGAAAGUGACUACUAAGCUUGAUGAACAAUUUUCGUCGGAAAAUGCACUAAAGCGGCUAGAAAGCUUAUCUCGAGGCGAUUUCCAUCCAACACACCGAAAACCUGAACCUCUUCUAACCGCUGCUGGGCCUUACAAUCUCUCCAUGAACGACAGUGCCCAUUUAUCUGACAGAUCACGAUCAUCUUCCGUCUCCAGCUACGAGAGUCCCUCUGACGAUGGUCCAGGACAAAUAUAUGGUCACAUCGACAACGGCAUCUUUGUCAGUACCAAUGAUAUACCAUUAGAUCACGAAAAUCCGAGAAAAUGUACCGUCUGUGGAAAGAUGUUCCAGAACGUUUUCAGUGUCCGCUCUCAUUAUCAAAACGAGCAUUUAAAGUCAAUGCAUAAGUGCAACGUAGAGGGAUGCUAUGCUGCCUUCCCGUCGAGGAGGAGUCGCGACCGGCACAGCGCCAACAUGAACCUGCACCGGAAACUUCUGUCUACUGAUGAAGUAGGAGGUGUAGAUGACUCUCCUCUGGUGCUGCUAGAGAAGGCUCGUGAGCAGGUGGAGCUGAUGAUGAGGCUCACCGACGACGAUCCCGGCAUGCCCUACAUCGAGUCGAACAAGUACUACCAGGCAAAGGAAGCGGAAAAGCUGAAAUCAAGCCCAAUCAGUCAAACGCAGCUUCCUUUUGGAUCGCCAUACCUUCCACUAAACCUGCCCGAGGCCUACCUGAACAGAGAAGCGUUUCCGCAACACCCCUUCCUCUUCCCUCCCUUCAACAUGCUGCCCAAUUUCCCUCCACUGCCCUUCGGCUUCCUGCCGCCGGGCCUCAACGGCUUCGGCUGUCAGAAUCAGAGCUUCUCGCCGCCGAUAUCUCAUGGGAAACUAAACUACUGUGUGGAGGAGGAGGCGCCGCGACCGGACAGCGCCGGGCACUAUCCAUGUCGGGGCUGCAGCGAGUCGUUCACUGACUUGGGCGUCCUGAAGAAGCAUUGUGAGGCGAAGCACCAGCAGUUAUUGCACCGUUGCACGGUCGGCGGGUGCGGGGCUGCGUUCUUCUCAAGGACUAAGAGGAACCACCACGCCGAGGCGCACGCGCUGGGCUUGCGCCUGCAGGGGGCGCGGGGCGCGCGGGGGGUGCAUGUCAACUCCUCGUGACGUCAUCAGUAAAGUGCUACGAACUCUCAGUGAAAACUAAUCUCCAGUGCAUUUGUGAUUUAGUUAACGUUUAAGUACCAAAUAUUAUACUCAAUUCGGUGAAUAGAAUAGUAAUCCAAAUACCUAUGUUCGUAAAUAUAAAUACAAUGUUAGCCAGUACCUCUUAAUAAAUUCUCAAUAAGUCAAAUCUCAUUCUGUAAAUAAACCUAGUUAGUAACUACUUAGUCUAUUGUUCAACAUUCCAUAGUAAUAAUUUGUGCAAUAAAUGUGUAAAUAAAUAAUAGAGACAAAUGUACAAAAAAUAUGUGUAUCAUAAAUAUUGGUAUGUAAGUAAGUAAUGAUAACUUUCAGCUAUUUUGGUGCUAAAUAGGUACAUUUAUUCAACAAGAUUUUAUUUACUCGUCAAAAUUCCAUCUUUUGCUAAAGUAUAAGCUAAAUUAAGUGUAAGUGUUUAGGAUCAAUUUAAAGUGUGAGAUUUGUUAAAUUAAUGUAUGUUAGUGGUGUUACAAACCAAAAAAGUAUUAAAAUGAAUAUGUGAAUGCUUUAUGCAUGUGUAAACUUGUACUUAUGCUAAAUUGUAUGUUAACGCAUAAUUUUGUACAGAAUAAAUUAAGCAUGUCAUCGUUAGGUAUUAUUCCUUUUGCCAAACAUAUAUGAAUAAACGAAAAGGUUUUUCAAAUCA